GGCAUGAGAUUACGUUCGACGCCAUCAUAGUUUGACGCAACACAUUCAGACAAAUGGAGUGCAAAUAUGGAAUCCUCUAGUCCAGAUAUUCCACAUAAGCUUUCAGCACUACAACAUGAAAUAUUGUCGUAUAAACCAGGAGAAAAGGCGUCCUGUGAUGAUAAGCGAGUGGUUUUCCCUUCCAAGCUCAUACUUGGUGUGAUCGAUCCGUAUUGGAAUUCACCUAGCAUAGUGCCUAAUAUUCGUCGUGCCCUUCAUGGGGAUGUGGAAGCAAAACCUACACCUUUCCAAGCCGAGCAGGAAGAUCUGACCUCUUCCGUUGCCGUCAUUGAAAAAUAUGGAUUAGGUACAUUCACAAAAGAUGUUGAAUACCUUGCGAGGAAGGUCAGACGCAUCGCUCUGUUUGUUCAGUGA